CGCCCCUCCAGUAGACGUCCGCUCGGCGCCUGGCUCACUUCGGCGCACCACCGUACCGCGCCGCCGCCGCGCCAGCGCCGCCCGCCGCGCCCUCACGCUCGUCGCGAAGUGCUACUCGACGACUCGGCCCCCGCCGGAGCGGCCCCCGCGAGCCCGCGAGGAGGCCGCCGUGCCCGUGUCUGUGUGUGCGCCGGUGUGUGUUGUUGUUAAUCCCCGGCCACGCCAGCCAUGCCGUGCUGCUGCUGCCGCUGUUGUUCUUGGGGCUGACUUUGCGACCUGACGAGAAGUUGUGUGUGUGCUGUCGUCCCUCCCCGCUGCUGCUGUGAGGCCACCCGGAUUUUCGCCUCCCGCCCCAUCCUCUCACCGCCCCCGCUCACCCUCCCCCCUGGGGCGGCGGCCGCCCCUCGCCGCCCACCCCCCGCAGCCCGCGCGGACAACAACAAACUUGGUGCGGACCAUGUUGUGGUGCUGAGCAACGCCCGCUGCUGCUGCUGCAGAAGACAUGAUCCCGGGCGACGUGGUCGCCGUGGACGGCGCCGGCGGAGGAGGCGGAGGAGGCCCCGCGGCCGCCCGGUCCAGGCGGAGGUCGCCGCCGCUCCUGGAUACCCUCGCCGUGCUCGUGCCCCUGCUCUUCAUAUCAGCUGCGAGCGGGCUGCAGAUCACGGAGCUGUCGGUGCCUGACCACGCGGACGUUGGCGACACGGCCGAGCUCGUGUGCCACCACGACCUGGGCGACGCCACGCUCAACUCCGUCAAGUGGUACAAGGACGAGCGCGAGUUCUUUCGCUACACCCCGGGCGAGUCGCCGCGCACCAGGACCUUCCCUCUGCAGGGCAUCAGCCUCGACCUGGCGCCCAAGAGCGCGUCCGACACCAAGGUGACGCUGACGCAGCUCACGUUCAACUCGUCGGGUACCUACCGGUGCGAGGUGUCGGCCGACGCGCCAAAGUUCGAGACGGUGCACCGGGAGAGCAACAUGACCGUCAUGGGUGAGUACAAAAACGACAAUCCUUCGCGAAUACUUGUCUCAGCUCUUUUCAAUACUUCUUUGCAAACACAUCAUCCAGUGGCUGUAAUAUAA